AUCAGAAAUUACAUUUAAAACGUUCAGUUUUACUCUCUACCUUCAGUUAGCAUUGACAAAGGUCAAGAUAAACAUAGAACUUCUGAAUUGAACAUGAACAAACUGAUUAUUCUGGGUCUUUUCCUCACCUCGACCAACUGCAGGUUUAUAAUAAUAGAUCCUCAGGAUAAAGAGAGUAUCAAGGACUCUACAAGUAUUCCUGAAGACAUGAAAAUGUUCCUGCUUAAUAAACUUCAGCCUCUAAACUAUAUGCAAACAGGACAAGGAUCUGACAUCGAAUCAGAAAACCCUGACAGUCAAAUCCCAAGACCUGACAUUCAAUCCCCCGUCGUUGACCUCACCAACUCCAGUUUUGACCUCCGGCUCCACCAGCCUCAAAACCAUUCCAACCCAUUCCCCCUAGAGGAAGAGGCUGACGAUUAUAAGAAUAUUUCUUCAGAUCAAAAAAUCACACUGCCCCCAAGUAACAAAGCAUCUAGAGAUAAUUCAAAAAUAAACUCUACUGAUGAUCAAUCAGACGAUAUUGUGGCUGAUGACACUGUCAACGAGGUCUCCACUGAUGAUGAUGAGAAGAAUCACCAUAAAUCAGCAAGAAUGCUUAUGGACUCGAUUGCCCAACCUAGUUCACUGGAGGAAGUGAUCCUCCGACUGAGGUUACUCCGGGAUGCAAAGAUUGCUAGGAAAAAGUUCCUCUAUCGGUUCAACAAAUUACACAGAAGGAAGGGGAACAGAUUUUCUCAAAUUCAUUCAAGAAAGUUGUAAAAAAUAUUUUUGCAUGUUGACACCGUGAAAGAACUAAAUGAUCUCAAUAUUUAUUAUUUAAUAGUUCGAAAUAAACAUUUUUGUGCAAAAUA